UAACAUUGAUAUCGAUAUUGAUAUCGAUAAUUUUGUACAAGCACCAAAAAUAUCCAUCAAUCUGCAGCAUCCCGUAUACGCCAAUGCGGACAGCUCUGAAAGCGAACGCCACAUCUCUCGUUGCUUACUCCUGUGCCGGGUUUAAUAAUAUUGGUCGGCAACGAAAACGGUAGAUUUCUGAAAAGGCAUCAGAUCGAAAAAAAAGGGGGGAGGAAGAAUCAAGAAGGGAAGAGAAGAAGAAGAGAAAAAAAGCAAGAUGGUCGACCAGGAUAACCUUCGCACGGCGUCGCUGUAUAUCAACAAUCAGCUCCUAUCGCGUGGUCUCCUACGUGAUGGUCAUAACAUCAACUUCGCAGACCCGGAGUCUGGCGACGGGGGAGUGCAGGGCACCAUGGGCAAGGUCAUGAGCGUUAUUAAUGACCUUAUCCUUAGACGUGACCGCGACGCUGAGAGCCGAGAAUCCUUAUCUACAACUCUUCGGACACUCCGCGCUGAUUCACAGCGUCAGACGACCGAGAUCUUACGACAAUCGGAAAAGCUGUCCGACGCCCAGCGAAAGCUUGAUUCUGCGGAGGCUACGGAGCGUGCCCUGCGUACCCAGCUCAAGAUCGCGGAUCAGAACAUCCACCGCUUGAAAGACGAUGCUGUCAAGAUGAAGACAAUAGUAGCGCAAGCGCGCGCUGCCUGCGCUAACGAAGUCCGCAAGCGAGACCGCCAGAUUGAUAGUCUGAAGAAGGCCGUCACGGACGCCAGCAGAGUAAGAGGCGGCGGUAAAAGUCGGGAUGUCCUAUGCAUCACCGUGAUAGGAGAGAUCGGCGGUGAUGAGCGUGGGAUGCCUGCCGGUUCGACCGUAGCCGAAGGCUACAGCCUACGCUUAGAGACCAAUGAAUUCCUUACCGAACUGGCAAGGGGUCUAAGCGAGGAAAACGAAGGUCUGCUCGCCCUAGUUAGACGUGUAGUCGAUAAGCUGCGCGAGAUGAGCGGUUUAGAACGCGGCUCUGAAAAUCUGAAUGGAGCCAGGUUUGACCACCAUUCAGACAACAAUAACGCGGAUGUGGUGCAAGUGGCACCCCAAAAGACCGCCAAUGAGCUCGCGUCGGAGUUGGAGGAGAUCAUGGAGCAUCUUAGGACGAUAUUAACAAAUCCCUCCUUCGUGCCGAUCGAAGAGGUCGAAAUACGCGAGGAGACUAUCAGUCGCCUUCGCGCCGGCUUGGAAAUAAUGGAGUCCCGCUGGAAGGAUGCCGUACAUAUGAUUGACGGCUGGCGGAAACGAAUGGUGUCAAGCGGCCAGUCAGUCGACGUGGAAGACCUUCAGAUGGGCCUACGACUCAGUCCUGUUAGGGUCAGGGACGUCCAGGAGACGGCAGAUGUUGUGCCUAUGAGACUCUCCUGUGUCCAAGAGGAAGACGAAGAAGAGGAAGGGGAAGAAGAAGAAGAAAGGGAUCAGGAGGAGGAAUACGAUGAAGAAGAAAGUAUCGAGGCGCGCGAAGAGGUCCAAGAGAACUCACGCCAAACGAAGUCUCCAAGCCCGAUUGAGUCUUUACACCUAAUCCCAGCACCCGGAUACCAAGCCGCAGAGAACGAAGAAAGCGAUUCAGCCUCGGAUUCUAGCAGCAUCUUCCAAGAUGAUAUAGAUAUAGACGAGCUGGAUGCUGAAGAACCUAACGUCCAAGUCCUUCAAGAGUCUACCUAUGCGAACUCGAUGGAUUCGCCCCCUCUCCCUAUGCCACCGCAGCUCAGCCCGCUCAAGGACUCUUAUUCGGCAGGAAAUAAAGGAUUCUCCGAGCGGGAUUUUGCAUAUCGCAAGCACGCGGACUUUACGACUAUUAUAGAAGAAAACACUUGGGAUUUGGCGGAAGAAGAAGAAGAGGAGGAGGAGGAGGAGGAGGAAGAGGAAGAACAAGGACCACCUCCGCCGCCACAUAUAGUCAAGCCCCAGUCUCCAAGGUCUCCGCAUCAGCAUCAGCAGAAGAAGUCAGUAUCAUACAAGAAUUCUCCACCAUGGCAAGAACAACCCCGGCCAAGUUCAACUGCCUCGUAUGAGAGCCCCCUAUUCGGUAGAUCCGGAGAGAGGCCGUCACAGUCGGACCCUUCUCGCAAGUUGUUCUCGAAGCCCACCCCUAAUCUAGGGAAGCAAAUGUAUACCAAAUCUCAGCCAGAGCCAGGUAGCACAAACACACAGGCUCCCAAUAAAUCAUCGAAGAGGCCAACUUCGUCGCCGGAUCCCUUGGCCGCAGAGAUGAAACGAACAAAUUCGGAUCCGACCAAUCCUCCAUCACGUCAACAAUCCUCGUCGAAAUCUAUUCGUCGGGUACCUGCUACUACACAACAGCAAACGCAAACCAUAUCAUCGUCUUCUUCCGCCUCUUCCUUAAAAUCUGCGGCCAAUGCAGCAGAGCGGCAACAAGAACAAACAAUAUCACGUCCGCGCUCGCCGGUUCGUAGCAACCAAGCUACCAACACCACUACAAACUCUUCACGUCUUCCCCGACCCAACAGCACCAACCCAGCCCCCCCACAGAGCCCGUUGACUAUGGCCACUAUCGCCGCGAAGCUAGCGGCCUCAGAACGCGAGGCCGACGCUGCUCGUGUAAGAGCUAAGCUAAGGGCUGUCCGAUCUGGAGGUCAGAGACGUAACCCUGCCCUCAAGGCUCCUGCUACGACCGCUCCCAGCUCGCCUCCCCGAGAGACAAGACCCAACAAGGUUGAACCUAAGCAGGAGGGAAAUGGCCUCGCCUCGAUAGAUCCAGUCAAAAAGGACAAAGAUCCAGCUCAACCUCGUUCCCGAGGCGGGACACCAGCACGACGAACAAAUCCCACGGCAGAGAUCAACGAAGUUGACGAGUGGGCUGGAUCCAUCAGAGGUCGAGAGAAGGAGCACAAUACUGAUGGUAGCCCUCUUAAACAAAACGGCGGUAGUCCCCUCAAACUUGUCAAGCGAAGACGUAACCAAAACGAACGCCAUACGAGCAAAGCCGCGUCCCGUCGACGAAGUACACUGAGCCCUUGGGAGUUGGAUGCUCUUAUCCAGGGGCCGGGGGCCGGGGUGGAUUGUAGCUAAACCAGACUGACUACGCGAUAUCUACCGCAAUCUAUUCCAUCACGACCCUGUAUUUAUCAGGGUAUGAUGAUAUAGGUGUAGGCACUUAACAUGAGGCCUACCAAAAAGCCCCAAUACCGGGCCGGCUGGCUCCAUUUCACUAAAGCAGAAAAUGAUGACGAUUGUUACGGU